AUGCCGUCUACAGCAGCAGAACUAACAUCUUUGCUGAUCGGUUUAAGAUUGUGCAAGCAAUACAAAUACCAGAGAGUGGUAGCUUAUACGGAUUCUACGGAGACUAUCCAACUGUUAAUGCAGGAUGGCGGACCCCAGCACCCUUAUUGGGUAGAAAUAGAAGAGAUUAGGGAGCUGAUAUAUUCAGACUGGGACGUAAAGAUAAGACAUGCACCCAGGGAAACAAUCAGAUGUGCCGACUUCUUGGCACGAAUGGCCCAUAAUUUGAUGGAGGAAUAUUGUGUAUGGACAAAUCCGCCUACUGGUUGUUUGAACCAACUAGGAUUAGAUUCCGCGCAGCCAAAUAUGGUUAUGGCAGACCGCAGUAGUUAG